CUUGCUUGCUUGUCAUAGAUCAUGUGUAAACGAAGGGAGUGAUGCCGUGGACACGUAAAUAAUUCUUUUGGGGAUUUAAAUUUUCUGUGUUGAGUGAAUGAGUUUUGUGUUAUGAAGAACUAUUAUACCUAUCAUUGUUGGAUGUGCUUCCAGAGGCUGUGAUGUCCACAUAUCCAAGCAGUAGUGAUGUCGGAGUGUGACGUGUGACGGGAGUGCAGUGACAAUCAUGUUCCGGACCAAAGUUCGUAUCCACACGUGUAAGGUUAUACUGAUAACAUCGCUGGUAUGGCUGCUGGUGGAUGUGGUCAUACUGACGUUCUACUCGUCGGACUGUGUUGGGUGGGGGUGUGGAGGGGGCACGGAACCGCCGCAGGCUCUGGCGCAAGUUGCAACAAGCGGGGAAACAGCUACGAGUAGUCGGGGUCGGGGGAACCUGCACGAACUGAUGAGGGAUCGCGGCAAGAAGACUUACUCACCGUGGGAGCUGAUGAAGUGGAAACCAGCGCCCACCGUAAUUGAACAGCAUGGCAAGCCCGGAGAGCUGGGAAAGGCUGUAAACAUUCCUACAGAACAAGAAGCCGUGAUGAAGGAAAAGUUUAAGCUUAACCAGUUCAACAUCCUCGCCAGUGACAUGAUCUCACUCAACAGGUCCCUGCAGGAUGUUCGCCAAGAAGGGUGUAAAGACAAGUCUUAUCCUAAUUUACUACCUACCACGUCCAUUGUGAUAGUGUUCCACAACGAGGCAUGGUCCACGCUAUUACGCACUGUGUGGAGUGUCAUCAACAGAUCUCCCAAGACACUACUGCGGGAGAUUCUGUUGGUAGACGACGCCAGCGAAAGAGAACAUCUGGGCCAACAGCUAGAGGACUACGUGGCCACACUGCCUGUGUCAGUGAAGGUUCUGCGGACAGAGAAGAGGUCAGGGCUGAUAAGAGCUCGGCUACUGGGAGCCAAGCAUGUCAAGGGUCAGGUCAUCACAUUCCUGGACGCUCACUGUGAGUGUACCGAGGGCUGGCUGGAGCCUCUGCUGGCUAGGAUAGCCCUGGACAGGAAAACGGUGGUUUGUCCAAUCAUCGAUGUCAUCUCUGAUGAGACCUUUGAGUAUAUCACUGCCUCUGACAUGACUUGGGGUGGGUUCAACUGGAAGCUCAACUUUAGGUGGUAUCGAGUCCCGCAGAGAGAAAUGGCUCGGAGGGGAGGUGACCGUACAGCCCCCCUACGUACCCCUACCAUGGCGGGGGGACUGUUUUCCAUCGACAAGGACUAUUUUUACGAGCUUGGAGCCUAUGACGAGGGAAUGGACAUCUGGGGUGGGGAAAACCUCGAGAUGAGCUUCAGGGUUUGGCAGUGUGGUGGUAUUUUGGAAAUCAUCCCCUGUUCCCAUGUGGGCCAUGUUUUCCGUGAUAAGUCCCCAUAUACAUUCCCAGGCGGUGUUUCAAAAAUCGUGUUGCAUAACGCAGCCCGAGUAGCGGAAGUAUGGAUGGACGAGUGGCGAGAUUUCUAUUACGCGAUGAAUCCAGGAGCUGCAAACGCAGAUGUGGGGGAUGUUUCCGAGAGGAGGAAACUGAGAGAAACUCUCGGCUGUAAAAGUUUCCGCUGGUAUCUGGAAAACAUCUACCCUGAGUCACAGAUGCCCCUAGACUACUACUACUUGGGAGAGGUUAGAAAUGCUGAAACGCAUAACUGUCUAGACACCAUGAGUCGCAAGAGUGGUGAGAACGUUGGUAUGAGUUACUGCCACGGACUUGGCGGCAAUCAGGUAUUUGCCUACACCAAGAGGCAGCAGAUCAUGUCAGAUGACAACUGUCUGGACGCGUCCCAACACGACGGACCUGUCAAGCUCGUCCGCUGCCACGGCAUGGGCGGGAACCAGGCGUGGAUAUAUAGUGAACAGGACAGAACAAUAAAACAUGUAAACACAGAACAAUGUCUACAGAAGCCCGACACUCGUAGUCCGUCAACUCCACUUCUACGCAACUGUGACAGCAGCCAAGGGCAAGAAUGGAUAAUGAAAAGCAAGUUCAAAUGGCAAGCUUCGUAGGAAACACAAUCCAACACUCAAAAUUGAAAAGAUAACUGUGAAACUCUCAGGUGAAACUGUACAACCAACAGUAUUAGUAUUAAACAGAUAAAGUCGCUAAAGCAAAAGAAAUCAACUUCUGUGAUGCAUGUUUACAAAUUAUUGUUGUGUGGAGAAAAACACAGAAAAAGUUACUAUUUCUAAUGUCUGUUAUUUGAUUUCGCAAUGACGCAUCUUUUAAUUUACUGUGGUUAUCUUUUCUAUGGUGGAAAGUUAUUUUAGUAAAAGUCAUAUUUUCAAAAUUUCUAGGAUUACAGAUAUUCAGUUUUGCUUGUAGGUCAUGUUUCUGUCAACAGACACAACAAACCAAAUAAAUUAUUUCUUCUUUUAGAAUAGCAAUGUAACUUUAAAUAUCCGUAGAAUAGAGCACUGAAGUCUGUUUUAUACUAUUUCUAAUUUUUACCUUCCCAUAGCUUCCCGUGCCAAAGGUUGUGCGGAUCGCUUCAGGCGGUCAGAUGGAGUAUUUGUAAAUAAAAAACCAGAGUGAAGUAGCCUAUAUAAAAGAGCUUAGCUCAAUGAGUUUGAAUUGUAAUAACUACGUUGGAUUCCAUAGUUUAUUACCUGUAAAAACCACAUUCCAUCAAAUUUAAACUAUUUUAAAUACUUCUAAACCAAAAUUAUUUUGUCUUAUAAAUUCAAAUAAGUUUCACACCAAAAUUUGUUAGUUUCCUGGCAAAUUUUCUUUAAGAUGAAACAACUGUUAUUUGUGCUUAGAUUUUGAAUUGCAAUUUGAUUUAUUUAAUUGUAUUUAACAUGAACGUCUAAUUUGAUUUUUUUCUUGCUUUUUAAAAAAAUAUUUAUGCAUUAUGUUUAUGACUUUUACUAUGCUUUGAGUGUUGGGUUGUAGUUAUUCGUACCAGAGAAAGUUGCCUUAUUAACGAAACAUUUUAUAUGUCAACAGGCAGCUUCCAAUAGUGUGUGUCUCCGUAUUUUGUACAAGAUGUACCCUUCCCUAACAUAUCACCUUGCCUUCGGGCACUAAAUUGUGCAAUUUAUUACAAAUUAUACGAACAAAUUUUUACUUAAAUGGCUCGUAUCAUAUCUUUAAUGUACUUAGAUGUGUUUAAUCAGUAUUUUGUUAUGUAUCUUAAAACAAUAUUAAAAUUUUAUGGAUGUUUUGUUGUGUUAAUCUAUUUCGAGGCAUGUGAGCAUCCGACUGAACUGAUUAUAGUUAUUUUUAUAAAUUUUAAUCGGGUUGUUUUCGCCCGAAUGUAUUAGCUCAAUUUCGCAAACAAUGUUUUUUUAUAUAAACUUAAACGAUAGUGUUAAGUAGUGUCUGUGCUCACAUUUCUUCAUCUUGUUAAUAUUCUCAAUACUUUAUUUAAAACCAUCUAGGAUCGCUUGAAAUGGCGUUUGUGUUUUUAGUAUUCUUUGUAUAUGUCGUGUAAUAGAUAAAUUGUAUGGGAUUAGAUAGUUUAAUGUCCCCUAGUAGUGUCAUGAAACGUAUGAAACCUGACUUUUGUACCUAGAUAACUGUCAUUCCUUUGACCUCAGUUUUCCAUUCAUGAUGGCUUCAUGUAGACGAGGUACAGUGUGAUUUAAUAAACAUUUUCUUUAAUUUUUAUUAUUUAUAUAAUUUACGUAACUUAUUAAAUUGUAAUACUUUUGAGGCCUAGAAGCUAAACAUAAUCAUACAGUUUAAAAUAUUCAAACCAGAAUGACUAUUUCAUUCCUGGUCCAAUCUUUAUGUAAGAAAGUGCCUUUUUACAUUGCCAUAUGCAAAAAUAUCUCUUACCAUCUUUACGCUUUGUUAUGUCUUUUAUUUGUUGUAGAGUUAAUUUCUAGCAUGUCAAAAAGAUAUCUCCUAUGGGAAAUAAUGUGAGCGGUUUUUUGGGUUGAAUAACUUGUAAAUAAUGGUAAUCUGUACUUUAAGAACAAAAGUUGUAUCAAACACUCAUAUCAUAAAUUAAUAAUAUAAUGACAUACACAUUAUUCCAGAAUUUUAUCUGUUUGUAUAUUUUACUAUCUUUCUUGUAUUUUUAUGUUUACAAAGAAUAAACAUGUUAAUUAACUAUCUGGAGUUAAAAUUUAGCGUUUGCUCUCUAAUAGCUCAAAUGAACAAGAUUGAUUUUGUCUUUUAAUCUGCAUCACAAUUGUUUUGUUUUGAAUGGCCUAAAUGAGGUGCGUGUAACUUUUCAAACAUAUUUAUUUUGCAUGACUUUUAUAUGUGGUCAAUUUAAACAGCGACUUUUAAUUUUAAAACAUUUAAAACCUGUAUUAUAUUUUGAAUGUGUACACAAACAAAUCUGUGAUAAUUUAGUUGAACGUCAUUAUUUAUGUUUUACUGUUAAAAUUUGAUAAAGCACACAGUUUUAGUAUAGUAAUCGUCUAUGAUUGUAAAAUUAUAUAAUGAACGUUGACCCUUCUUCCCGAAGUACUUAAUAUUAUGCUAAGAAACGCAAUAUAUUUAUAAAAUGGUAUCACUUUUGUAUGUUUACCCUUUUAAUGUAAGAAACAGUAAUUAGAAAAUUGUAUGUACUUUUGACAUUCCAUAGUCAAAAUUGUUGUUUUUUUAAAGAUGUAUAUACAUAAAACACUUGUUACUUUUUGAA